AUGGAGAGCACAAGGUCGAGAAAUCGUACAAACUCAGUUGGCAGUGAUACACAGGCAACUAGAGAUGUGCUACAUGCGAAGCUUUCUCAAAUGGUUUGGGAAGCAAGUACCAAACAAAUGAAAGACACAUUAAAUUCCUACGGUCGUAUCGACUUAUUUAGACCCUACUUUGAUGUGGAACCACGUCAAGUCCGAAAUCGCUUGAUACAGUCUUUCAUACCUCGGAAACCGUCGCAGAUGCAUGUUUCUAAUGAUAUGUAUGGACCAACAAUGAUUAUCCUUACUUUGGUCGCCUUGCUUCUCUAUUCUAUGAAAUCAUCUGGGUAUACUGUUAAAGAUGGUACUUUAAUCGGUACAGCAAUGGUUACUUGUUUCGGUGCUUGGUUUUUCAUGUCUUUAGUGAUAUAUGCAUUGUGCUUGGUAUUUAGUGUGGAUAUAUCUUUCAUCCAUUUCUUCUCGUUAUAUGGAUAUUCUUUAUGCAGUCACUGCAUAGUACUUUUACUGACAAUGAUAUUGCAUCCACUGCAUUCACAUUUAUUCUUUUAUGCAAUGAUGAUCAUCUUUUGCGUCCCGUCCGUCUUACGAGUGAGUUUGUAUUUAUGUUCACGGACUCAUGACAAAUCUCACAAAUUAGCUAUUACUAUGGCAGCUUAUGUAUUGCAUCUCAGCUAUCUUUGUUACUUGCAUUACGGUUUCCACGUCGUUGUUGAAGAAAUUGAUGGAAUUCUUGGCGAUGUGCAACAAAGUUCAGUCGUUUCUUUGCCGUUAUCACUGAAAUCAUAA